AUGCUUUCCUUUGGCGACUACGUGGCGUCAGAGGAAGCCUGCCGCAACAUCGAGGCUGAGAUCAUCCGCAGAUGCCAGUUCGAUGCUCUCCCCGAGGGGAGGACUCAACGUCUGGGUGUGCCGCCGGUUUCGGAUGCCGCGAGUCAGCGCGAGCAGGUGGUAGCGAAGAGGAGCCUCUGCAAUGAGUCCAGCCCCUCCCUCAAGGCCCAUCACCCCCCGGAAACGCCGAGCAUACAGCAGGUGGCUGAAGAAGGAAGGGUCAGUGAAUCCCGUGCGCCGAGCGUCGCUCAUGCGGCGGCAAGGGAGGACGACAAGGGCGGAUCAGGAAAGGAAGGAGGGAGUGGCUCACACCUGCGGUAUGGAUGGAGUCCGGAAGAGAGGGGGAAGAAGAGCCCACGGAGCCCUUCAAGGGCCCCGCUCUACCUGGACGGGGAGGAGCUGAUCGUGCCUGAUCCUGCGCUGAGCCUCCUCUUCUGCCAGUGUUUGCGAACUGUUUCUGUCCGCCCGCCGGACCUGGACGACGGGAGUGAGGACGUGAGCUGGGACCAGUUCGUGCAGGUGUGUAUAGAUUGCGGGGCUGUAAAGAAGUGA